AAACCCUGUCGAGCAACAAAAUAUAUCGGUUCAAAAAUAAAUUGCCGAAUCACGAUUAAACUUUUUAAGAAAACAUAACUUGUCAAACGUUUAAAUUAUUAUUAAAUCUGAUCAGAGAUAGAUAAAACUUUGUUUUGUACAUCCGAAUUUCAAUAAAGUUUGAAAAGAAAACUUAAAUAAAUAAGAUGGAUCGCUUACUUAGACUUGGAGGCGCCAUGCCAGGAUUAUCUCAACCGCCCCCACCAACGGAUGCUCCUGUCGUCGAUACUGCAGAACAGGUUUAUAUCUCUUCAUUAGCUUUAUUGAAAAUGCUGAAACAUGGACGAGCUGGCGUUCCCAUGGAAGUUAUGGGUUUGAUGUUAGGUGAAUUCGUUGAUGAUUAUACAGUGCAAGUGAUUGAUGUUUUUGCUAUGCCUCAGACUGGUACUGGUGUUUCCGUCGAAGCUGUUGAUCCAGUUUUUCAAGCAAAAAUGUUGGAUAUGUUGAAACAAACUGGUCGUCCUGAGAUGGUGGUCGGUUGGUACCAUUCGCAUCCUGGCUUUGGAUGUUGGUUGUCAGGUGUUGAUAUCAAUACUCAACAAUCAUUUGAAGCGUUAAGCGAACGAGCUGUAGCUGUUGUCGUUGAUCCCAUUCAAUCAGUGAAAGGAAAAGUUGUGAUUGAUGCUUUCCGUCUGAUUAAUCCUAAUAUGUUAGUUUUGGGACAAGAACCACGUCAAACUACAUCAAACUUAGGUCAUCUUCAGAAGCCAUCUGUACAAGCUUUGAUUCAUGGACUUAAUCGUCAUUAUUACUCAAUCAGCAUAAAUUAUCGUAAAAAUGAAUUGGAGCAAAAAAUGCUUCUUAAUCUUCAUAAGAAAUCAUGGAUGGAUGGACUGACACUCGCCAACUAUGAAGAUCAUUGCAGUAUCAAUGAAACGACAGUCACAGAGAUGCUUGAACUCGCCAAGAACUACAAUAAAGCUCUCGAAGAUGAAGAAAAAAUGACACCGGAACAACUGGCGAUUAAGAAUGUUGGAAAGCAAGAUCCAAAACGUCACUUGGAAGAGAAAGUUGACACGCUCAUGUCAAAUAAUAUUGUACAGUGUUUAGGUGCAAUGCUCGACACUGUUGUAUUUAAAUAAGAAUCUUCAUUUGGCUUUAUAAACUUUACCUAUUUUUCGGUUUUAUAAUAAAUUCUUAUUAAAAUAUGUGAUUUAAUUGAUCACAUUUCAAGAUUUCAAAUUAAUUUUUCAUUU